AAUUUGUAGAAAAAAAUAAAUUGUGCAUAAAAUAUUUUAUUUUUAUUAAAAAAAGUAUACUAAUUAUAACAAUAUUCGAAUGGCCAUGCUAUGGAUGGAAACCUAUCUCUUCUAUUGUUCGGUGCGUUUAGGAGUGCUUGUAGUGGCAGUAUUUGGGUUUGUGCAAGUAUUUAUACCAACAAUUUUGCUGCUUUCAAUGGGCAUGGAGGUAGUGAAUCCAAUCAUGAAGCUUUUCAGAGACGAUGAGCAAUUUGGCAAAAACAUUAAUAUAUUGCGAAUUUUAAACUGGAUAGAUAAUCAUGUUCAAGGUUUCAUUGGUUUCAUGGUGUCCUGGAUGGUCUUAUACAUGAUUUGUUGUGGGCUGGCGAUUCUCGGAGCCUUGAAGCUUAAAAAGUGGUUUCUGUUUCCCUUUGUUGUUGCUGAAUUUUUACGUAUUAUCACCUGCUUUGCCUCACAUAUCAUAUUCAUGAUAAUUUUGAAGAAGAAACUGAAUUUAGGACUUCUGAUCGUUCUCACUUUAGCUGGUGGUUUUAUAAUCCUAUACCUCGGCUACAAUUGGGCCACGAGCGUUGCGCUCUUUCAAGUCAUCGAACUCAUACACACCGAACGCUACCGCAAGAUCUACGGUGAUGAUCCUUUCCAUCCACAAUUACCACCAAACUAUACAUACGCCUCACAACUACCACCACUGCAUGAUUACGGUAUAGUGGAGAAUGUGCGUGUGCUGGUCACACCACGUAGUGGAGAUAUUGACGACCAGAAACUGCGACAAACUCAACGUAGACCAAUGAAUGCCGCCGAAAUGCCAGUGAUUGCUGUUUUGCCAGCGGAUAGUAAGAAUAGUAAUGCAAGAUUUGUGCAAAAUAAGCAUGAAAGAAAUCUGCAACAACAAAGUUACUCAUAUGAAGCACAACAGAAUGAUUACAAUGCAGACUUUCGCAAUUGGCAAUGGUGCGAAUUGAUGGUUGGCAGGCAACGCAAGGCGAUGAUUAGCCGGAACUGGUGAAAGUAUGCGAAGAGAAUGAGAGGGAGAGCUAGAAGUAAAGAUAAAGAUAGCGAAUAUUGAGAAAGAAAGAGAAAGAGAAAAGUAAAAAGAGAGAGAGAGGGAGAUGAAAAAAUCAGUCAAAUUGAGUGUUUAUUCCGUUAACUUCUGAAUAACUGUAGAGCGGUUAAGCCUUAGAGGAAAGCUAAUAAAUACUGGUUAUUUUAAUAAUAUUUACUAUGAGAAGUUUGCUGUUAGUUAUUUAAAACGAACCAGACGUUCCAAAAUAUGAAGUUUCAACUCGACGAAAAUUAGUAAACCAAAGUAUUUUUCUACGUUUAACCGCAACCGACUAGAACAACCUAAAGCAUACAGAUUAGAGAUCUGUUGUGUUUAUAUAUGUUAUAUAUAAUUGUAACGGCAUAAAAUGAUUCCAAGAAGCUUCAGAGCUAUGUUGAAAAUCUUGUUACGUAGGCCCGAAUGUCGUGAGAACGAUGCAUCACAGUUAUCAAAGUUAAUUUCCAAUCGAAAAAAUUGCACUUGAGAGAGCAUCUUUUGCCCCAGAAGAUAACAAAAUGUCAAUGUUUGAUUCCUAAUUGGAUAUUGGUUGCUGUCACAAUUCAACUGAUUUAAGAGAUCAUAUUCAUAUUUGUUUUGGACGUAAAGCAACAUUUUUCGCUCUCAUUUUUCCUUUAACUCUUGGGGGCUACGCCGCAGGCCCACGACGCGAGAUAAUGACCUGUAUGGCAUGUAGCGCCGUCUUAUUGGAACCAAAGGUCAUUGUCAUUACUCAUGGCUCAAUAUAAUAGAGGAUAUAACGGCGUCUCAAUAAUAGAUAGAUUAUUAUCAAAUGCUCAGUUUUGUUUAUUAACAUACCCAUUCAACCUAAAGUGAGCUUUAUCGCUGAACAAAAUUUCCUUGUGAAAAUCGGAAUCGGUGGCCAUCUCUUUUUGGUAAUAUAUGUGAAAGAAUACAAAAGCAAGAUGCAGGCCCUUCUAUGUUAUAUAUUAUAUAUGUUUGAUUUUACUUGUCUCUAUUAAAAGAUAUUUAGUUUAUGUCUUUAUUGGAAAAUCAAAUUUUUUU